GAAGCCAUGGCGUAUAUUUUGCUCCAUGGAACCCUGCAAGCAUCGAUCUUGGAGGCAGACUCCUUACUGAAAGCUCGCGGAGAUCGUACUACUCAAAACUCUAUUCAAAAGAGCUCCACUUUCUCGAGGAGCAGGCUGUUGAAAGGCUUCUCAUGGAUCAGGAGAGUCUCAUUCUGCCGUCCCAAGCUCGUCGAACAGAUGGAGGGAUUCGGCAACGAGGGCUCUGCGAACGUCUACGCUACCAUCGACCUGGAGAAGGCCAGGGUCGGUCGCACCAGAGUGAUGAGCAAGGAUGAGCUCGUCGACUCCUUCAGGUGGAACGAGUCGUUCCACAUCUACUGCGCGCACCACGCGGCGUACAUCAUCUUCACCGUCAAGGCGGAGAGAGCCGUCGGGGCGGCGGUCAUCGGCAGAGCAUACCUGCCGGUGAAGGACGUCGUGGAUGGCGCGGCGGUGGAUCGGUGGCUGGCGAUCUGCGGCGAGGACCGCAAACCGCUGGAGCGAGGGGCUAAGCUGCAUGUGAGGGUGCAGUACGUGGCCGUCGACGCCGACCCGGAGCAGAACUGGGGUAGAGGGAUCGCUGAUCCGAGGCACACAGCGGUGCCUCGAGCUUUCUUCCCACAGAGGUAUGGCUGCAGGGUGAGGCUUUACCAGGACGCCCACGUACCAGACCACUUCAUCCCGUGGAUCCCGUUGGGCGAUGGGUACCACCACGAUUACCAGCCCCAGAGAUGCUGGGAGGACAUCUUCGACGCGAUCACCGGCGCGCGGCAUCUCAUUUACCUCACUGGGUGGUCGGUUUUCACGGGGAUCCGCCUGGUGAGGGAUCCCCGGAGGCCAAGGGCCGGAGGAGACGCCACGCUGGGGGAGCUGCUCGUGAGGAAGGCCGGAGAAGGUGUUCGAGUGCUGAUGCUGGUGUGGAACGACAGAACCUCGCUGGGACUCGGCCCGCUGAAGAAGGACGGCUUGAUGGCCACGCACGACCAGGACACCUUGAGCUACUUCAGGAACACGGGCGUGCACUGCGUCCUCUGCCCUCGUAAUCCUGACGCCGCGAGUAGCUACGUGCAGGACAUUCAGAUCUCCACCAUGUUCACGCACCAUCAGAAGACGGUGCUCGUCGACGGUGAGGCCGCAGGAGGAGGGAAGAGGACGAUCCUGAGCUUCGUCGGCGGCAUCGAUCUGUGCGAUGGGAGGUACGACACGCAGUACCACUCUCUCUUCCGAACUCUGGCCACGACCCAUCGCACGGACUUCCACCAGCCAAACUUCGAGCGCGCGUCGAUCCGCAAAGGCGGGCCGAGGGAGCCUUGGCACGACAUCCACUGCCGGCUCGAAGGCCCCGUCGCUUGGGACGUGCUGUGCAACUUCGAGCAGAGGUGGAGAAAGCAGGGUGGAGGGGAGGAGCUGCUACUGCAGCCCGAACGCAUUCCAUCCAUCCGUACGGACCAGUACGACUCUCGCGCUGUGGCGGACGAAGACGCAUGGAGCGUCCAGUUGUUCCGGUCGAUCGACGGUGGCGCGGUCUCUGGAUUUCCCGACACACCAGAGGCGGCGGCUUCCGCGGGGCUCGUCACCGGAAAGGACCAUGUCAUAGAACGCAGCAUCCAGGAUGCUUACAUUCACGCCAUCCGCCGAGCCAAGGAGUUCAUCUACAUCGAGAACCAGUACUUCCUCGGGAGCUCGUACGGAUGGAGUGCAGCAGACGGCAUCAAAGUCGAGGACAUCGGGGCGCUGCAUCUCAUCCCCAAGGAGAUCUCUCUGAAGGUGGUGAGCAAGAUCGAGGCCGGAGAACGGUUCACCGCGUACGUGGUGAUCCCGAUGUGGCCAGAGGGCAUCCCCGAGAGCGAGUCGGUUCAAGCCAUCUUGGACUGGCAGCGGAGGACGAUGGAGAUGAUGUACACAGACAUCACGCAGGCACUCCGAGCCAAGGGGAUUCGAGCGGACCCCAAGGACUAUCUCUCCUUCUUUUGCUUAGGCAAUCGAGAAGGAAGGAAGUGGCCGGGCGAGUACCAGCCGGAGGAGCGACCGGAACCGGACACGGAUUACAGCAGAGCUCAGCAGGCGAGGCGAUUCAUGAUCUACGUGCACGCCAAGAUGAUGAUAGUGGACGACGAGUACAUCAUCGUUGGCUCAGCGAACAUCAACCAGAGAUCCAUGGACGGAGGAAGGGACUCGGAGAUCGCGAUGGGUGCGUACCAGCCCAGCCAUUUGGCAUCGGAAUGGCAGGCUGCGCGGGGGCAAGUCCACGGCUUUCGGUUGGCGCUGUGGUUCGAGCACAUGGGGACGGUGGACGACGUCUUCCUCCGUCCCCAGAGCGCUGAGUGCGUUCGCAUGGUGAACAUGGUGGCCAAAAGGAAUUGGGAUCUGUACGCGAGCGAGGCGCUGUUCGAUGACCUGCCGGGCCAUCUUCUUAAUUACCCCAUCGACAUCGCCGACGAUGGAAAUAUCACGGCGUUGCCGGGGUCGGAGGUCUUCCCGGACACCAAGGCCCGAGUUCUUGGGAGAAGGUCCGAGUACCUUCCCCCCAUUCUCACCACAUGAUGCCUCCUUUGUGGAUAUGUUUGUGUUAUUUCAAUGGACGAAGACUGAAAACGAUGCAACACUCUCCAAACACAUAGAAUCAUACAGUCUAUAAAUCUAUAUGAUUGAAUUGAGUAAGACUUAUCAGUAUUAACAUGAA